UCCAUGAUGAGUCCUCUAUAUCUUGCCAAAAUGCCACGUGCGUCCACUUAUAUUAGUGCAUUCCUAACAACCUAAACAUUACAAAACGUAUAUUUGAUCAAAUAAGCGACACGUAGCAACUUAGCAAUUAUUUUUUUGUUGUUGAUCAAAUUCGACACUCUCUCGCUGACCUCCAAACCAAAAUUCCUCACUUCGCGGGCUUAUUUUCGUAGACAGAUUUAGUCUCCGUAAAACCUCUCGCUUCGUCUUUUCUUCUCUGAGAUGGGCCAGCCACUUUGGACACGCAGUUCGAAAUAGACGUUCCCUCGUGCGUCGCCGCUUGGCUUGAGCUGUCGCUCCUUCUCUUCCUCUCGGGGAUGGUGAGGUGAUUCGGAGCAUGAGCAAUGGGACUGAGCUGACACAGAACCUAAACCCCAAAGCAACGCUGGACUUUCAGAACGCGGAGAAGAAGACACUCGACAUUUCUCGCAGUUUCAAGGAUGUUCUUCCCAGAUGUGCCUCCACCCAUCAAUUAUGCACUCGUGUUGGGAAUAACGUGUCUGACGGUCUUCUGCAACUUCACCAAAGGUUCCUCUGAGUUUUCAGGUCACCUGUCCAACGUGUUGAGGAACUACACCGAGCAGGCGGGCGACGGCGACUUCCUGUCGGUCCACUGCCCGCCCCGCACCACCAUCGCUAUCCAAUCGGCUUUCUAUGACAGGAGUGGCCCCUUCCACCCCCAGCAGGGCUCGUCCUACCACAGACCCACCCUUUUAGGGACACUCCCACUGGAGGAUGACUUGCAUUGUUACAUGUCCACAGCACUACAGAAAAUGUUGGAUGAGUGCCAGGACAGGAGGAGCUGUAAGGUCCUUGUCAACAGUCGUCUCUUUGGGAUGGACCCGUGCCCCAGCAGCAGCAAACACCUCAUUGUGUGGUACAACUGCAGGCCUAAUGAGUAUAAGAGUCAGGUGGCGUGCGAGGAGGAGAGAAUGAAGCUGACCUGUAAACGGGGAAUGCAGAUCGCCGUCUACUCGGCCAUGUUCGGUCGAACCCAGCAGGGUACCCUGGAGUGUCCUACCCACCACAGGAGGGCGUCGUCCGUAGACUGCCAGUCGGGCGUGGCUCUCCAGGUGUUGACGACACGGUGUCAGGGGAAACAGAGCUGUUUCGUCCAAGCGUCCACGCAAGAGUUUGGGGACCCCUGCUACUCGGGCACCAGGAAAUAUCUCAGUGUCAUCUACGCAUGUGUCCCAAAGAAGUUGCUGCUGCAGGAGCCCAACCCCAGAGUGGCAGUGUACCCCCCGUCACCCAGUGCCCAUGACCCAAACGUGGUUGGAGACGGCGCCCUCCCUGAUGGGACCUCGGUCAUAACCUUGGAGUCUGUGCUCUCAGGAAAGAAGAAGCGAGGGAGGGAGUUUGGUUCCUACUCUGGGGAGGUGAAGACAAAUGAGGGAGGAGUGGAGGACAAAGCCCCCCGGCCGCCGGACAUGAACCCUGUGAUCAAUGCUACAACUGUCAGCACCGACAUGUCCCUUAUCAGUAGCUCACUGGCAGCCUUCAACUAUAUAGCAGACCACCCAGAGCGCGCGGCGCUCUACUUUGUGUGCGGCGUGUGCCUGGGCCUUCUCCUCACCCUGUUUGCUCUGGUGGUCCAGAUCUCGUGCCGCACCGACUGCCAGCCUCGCCGCCGCUGCCCCGGCACCACCACCAAGAACCGCCUGCGGCCCACCGACUCCUCAUCAGACUCCAGCGACUCAGACUCGGACUGGGAAACCACGUCGGAUCUAUCCGCGCGCCGCCACCGCCGCUUCGAGCGCACUCUCAACAUGAACGUGUUCACGUCUGCGGAAGAGCUGGAACGGGCACAGCGGCUGGAGGAGAGGGAGAGGAUCAUACGAGAGAUCUGGAUGAACGGUCAACCCGACAUACCCGGGACGCGUAGCCUCAACCGCUAUUAUUGAGGCAAGAACGUGAAUUAACCACUACUAGUUCUAGGUGAACCCGGGACGCGGAGCCUCAACCGCUAUUAUUGAGGCAAGAACGUGAAUUAACCACUACUAGUUCUAGGUGAACCCGGGAGGCGGAGCCUUAUUGAGGCAAGAACGUGAAUUAACCACUACUAGUUCUAGAAAGGGGGCUGUGAAGGUUGGAGUGCAGUACUUGAGAUGGGAUGUGUAGGACCAUAAAAACACACUAGGGUUUGGGGAUGGGGGGAAGGGACCCCACCACCGAACCUGGUUUGCGGAGGUGUGCAUGAUAACAGGACCACUUUGGACUGCGGGGGUUUGGAACCGCAUGAUGGAACACAGUGACGCUUGCAGACCAGGAAGGAUAAAUAUCCCCCUCUGUCUGUCAGUCAGUCUGUGUCCGUGUGGGCACUGUAAAGCAAAAAUAAAACUCUGUUAAUGCAGUGAGAAUAAGCUCCUACUUCUCAGCAUGGUAAGCUUGACCCGGAGCCUGCCUCUCAUUGGUGGAGGAUGAAGGUGAAAGGUCAGCUAACUGCACUGCCUCACAUUUUACCUCAUCGCACCCUCCUGAAGUGGAGGAUCUUGAGAUACUGAGACUGUGAAGCCUGAAAGGUCAAAGGUGACUUAAGGACAGUUGCCAAUGUUACUCCAGUGUUGCCUAGUGGAUAUUGAGAAUUGGGCAAAUCUGAAAGCGUGCAGCUUGCUUUAUGCUCACUCACCCUCCAGUAUUCAAAUGGUCGAAUGGCUUUAGGAGAGGCGUAACACUUACAGUUAAAAGGACAUCGUGACACUCAAAGUGAAACUUACAGCGUAACACUUACAGUAAAAUUGGACAGUGGGACAGUGGACCAACAACGUCACAAUCUUUAAGAGGAAAAUGACCAUGGUCAACCAUUUUUUAUUCUUCUCAAACAUUUUAUGAAAUCUAUUUUAUAUAAUAUUUAAUAGUUGUAUUGUUGUGUAUUUUUGUCUUUACGGUUAUUAUUAUGAGAUAUUUUUAUACUGCGGUUAUCAAAACGUGUCUGGCACCUCAGGGAUGCAAUCCUAGAGUCCAAAAUGGCACCCUAUUUCCUUUAUAGUGCUCUACUUUUGGCUAGAACCUUAUAAGGGUCUGGCAAAUCUCUGGCUAAAAUUAGUGCACAACAUAGGGAAUAGGGUGCAGUUUUUGAUGUAGCCCCUAGCGUUUCUGUGUAUGGUAGUUUCUAUUUGCUUCUUAAGAAGAGGAUUGGGGGCCGAAUUCAUUAAGCUUCUCAUUGUAGGAGUGCUGAUCUAGGAUCAGGUCCCCCAUCUCCAUGUAAUCUGAUUCAUUAUGAUAUAAAAGGCUAAACUGAUCCUAGAUCGGCACUCUUACUCUUGAGUCACUUCAUGAAUACAGUCGAUACUAUACAAUACUCCAGAUGUGUCAGCAUUUGAGCAAUUGGGCCAGUAACCGAAAGGUUGCUGCAUAGGAUCCCCGAGCUGACAAGGUACAAAUCUGUCGUUCUGCCCCUGAGCAAGGAAGUUAACCCACUGUUCCCCGGGCGCCGAAGAUGUGGAUGUUGAUUAUGGCAGCCCCCGCCCCCCCGCACCUCUCUGAUUCAGAGGGGUUGGGUUAAAUGCGGAAGACAUUUCAGUUGAAUGCAUUCAGUUGUACAUCUGACUAGGUAUCCCCCUUUCCCAUUUAUAAAAUAAAAAAACACCAUGUAAAACACCUCGAAGAGGUCAAGUGAUUUAAUAAGCUUAUUUUUUAUAUGUUUUAAUAUGCACAGUGCAGUGGCCUACCUGGCAACAAGGAUGUCUAUUGGUGGAGAAGGUAACCCAGUCAAGCUGUUAUAUUAGAAUCCAUCAAUCAAUUGCAAUCAUCUUUUUCUCACUUUGUCAAACAGGCUUGUGUGUGUGUUGUCCACAUGAAAAUGGCGAGGCUGGCCCUAGAUCAGUUUUGUCAUGCCAGUGGCCAUAGGACUUGUCAAGACAGCACAAAAAGAUCUAGGACCACAGGCAAGGAAAUGGCUACAGAACAAAAUCCUGUUAAUUUGCCUACCAGUGAAAGAGCUUCCUAAAUAUUACUGUGGUCAUCACUAAUAGGGUUAACCCUCACGGGACACUGUUGGGCUAUCUGUCACGUAUUAUUGUAAUGAUCAUGUUGUUAAUAAUAUAAGCUAUUAUCAAUACAGUUCAGUUGCACUGGGUGAACCGUAGGAAUCAUGGUUUAUCAAAAGAAGUUUGGGAUUUUCUUGCAUGAGAGGUGAAAUGAGAAGGCAGUGACGAAUCUUCACUCCAACUGCAAUCCAUUAUGUUUUUUUUUAUUGAAAAAGCUUGUGUUUCAGUUUGAAUGGGACAGAAAAUAUGCCAAUACAAUAGCUGGUAAGUGAGACCAAAAUAUGACUCCUGUGCUUGGAAUAAACUGUGUUGAAAACUGUGUUGGAAAUAA